AUGCCGCCAAAGAAAAGCAAGUCACAGGCCAACGCCAGCAGCAGUCAGCCCGCGCCUGCGCCCACUCGUGUCAGCGGACGCAAACGCCGUCUCAGCGAUGCCUCCAAUGCCUCCGAUCGUCCUUCCAGCAGUCACAGCACCGCAACCGCGACCCCUUMCAAGCGUGCUAAACGUGGUAAGGCUGCUGCAGAGCCGCAGUCGGAAAUGAUUGUCGAAGAGGAGUCGGAGGUCGUCGAGUUUGUGGAGACUGUCCGACCUGCACAGCCAUCAGUGGCACCUGCGUGUGAUGCCGUAGGCGGAGCGGAGACAAUCACCGUCACGAAGCAUAAACACRUGMACUUUGGUGGUGCCGCCGAGCACGAUUUUGAAGACGAGGAGGAAAACAUCGAGAAGACAACUGCAACGCACAUCACCCCACAUCCGCGCAAGGUGGGCGUCAAACGUCGCACCACUGCCUCUCCCAGCCUGGGUGUAGAAGCUAGCGCAGAUGUGGUCGCAGGUGGCAAGCGUGUCAAACGCACGUCAACACGGCACUCUCUGCCGGCAGCCUUGUCUGAGCAGGGUGGUCAGUUGGUAUACUAUGUCGCGAAGCAUGACUACGCUCCUCUCAGUGAAGUCCUCCAGGACCGCAUUGAGCGCCGCAAAGAGCAGCACGCCCAGAGACAGGAGCGCAUCAGCGCAUUGGAAGUCGAGCUAGACGAUGAGAAGCACAAGGAUAAUCGCCAGCGGGUCAAGGAGAUCGAGAAGGAACUGCUGGUACUGAGAGAUGAACAAAAGACUGCCAUGGACACCAAAGUACCGUUAGGCGAGGAUUCGCUAGACGAAGAUAUGCUCGUGCUGGAAAGACAGGAGGAGAUUGCUUACCCGGACCUGCCUAUCGAUCUGAUUGACGAGACGACCGUCCGCACCUCAAGCGAGGAAGUCCAUGUACGGAGAUCAUCCUCCUUGCGUGAGUCUAGAAGCAGCGCAACUGAAGCUGCUGACGCCCGAUGGGAGGCGGAGCGUCAACGAUUCGGCGAUGCUCUUCUCGCCCUGUCGAAGGAAGCCAACGACGCCAAGACCAAGCUGCAGGUCUUGGAGAUUGAACUGGAAGGCUUGGGUCUACACGAUGGCGGGUUUGAUUCAAAGGACGUGCUCGUCAGCAUCCGCGAGUCCUUCAGCCGUGUCCGCGAGAGCCUUUCCACUGCUUUACCCAACUCCAUCCCGGAAGGCGCUUCCAACCAUGAACUGAUCCAGAUCCUUGUGCAGAGCGUUGAGGACUUCUCAGCACGCUUGAGACUCCAGGAUAGAGAACUGUUCGACAAGGACGUUGUUGUCACCGACCUCGCAAAACAGGUUCAGGGCUUGCUCGACCAUCUUGCUGAGGCGAACAUCCGCAAGCAAAAGCUUCAGGAGAGGUGGAGCGAGCUCGACCAGUCGAAUGAAAUGAAAGAGCGCGACAUUGAGGAUCUCCAAGAGGAAUUUGAUGCUACCGUCCAGGAGAGGGAUACCAUCCAAAUUGCGCUCGAGGCUGAGACCGAGAAAGUCAAGGCACUUACUCAAGAGAACGUGGACUUUGCCGAGAACAUGAACCGGCUUUCGACAUCUCUCCUCAAAUAUCAAGACGAGGAGACGCGUCUCACUCUGCUGAUUACCAAGAUGGAAGACGAACAUGCCAUUGACGUCGCUCAGAUGAACCGCGAGAGGGAGGAGAUUAUUCGUGACUCCGAUGUCCGCCUCCAAGAACAGUCCACACUCCGUGAAAAGGCAGAGCACCUGGCGGAAGAACGACAGUCUAUGGUUGUCGACCUUCAGUUGCGCAUUGAGCAAAUCGAAGCUGAGAGAGAUUCCACUCGUCGUGACCUCGAACAUAUGACCUCUCUCCGUGAUGAAGAACAUGAUGCUCGCGACAACGCCGAGGUCGAUCUCAAGGAGAAAUCUGACGAAGUUGAGGACCUUGCCUCCCGAGUUGAUCGGCUGGAAGACGAACUUUCUGACCUCAACAUCGAGCUUGAUAACCUGCGCCGUGCAAGCGAGAAUGAGCGGACUCAGCGUGAAGCGGCGGAAGCUGAUCUUGACGAGCGCAACAUUGAGGUCGAGGAGCUGCAGGUCAAGGUGCGCGAGCUGGGGAAGCAGGCCAACGAGCUCCGUCAGAAGCUGUUCGAGGUGCAGCAGGAGAAUGAGCGCAAAGUCCAGGAACUGGAGCAGCUGGCUUCGGAACGUGACGAGCGUUUCCAAGUUGACAUUGCUCGUGAGGUGCAGAGGCGAGAGGCGGCAGAUGAACUAGGUCAAGAGCGUGCUGUCAAGAUCGAGGAACUCGAACUCCAGCUUGGGGAGGUCGAAGCGGAGAUGCGCUCUGUCUUGGCCGAGCGCGAUGCUCGCAUCGAACAAUUGGAAUUGGAGGUCACCAACAAAACCGAUGAAAUCUCCGCCCUUCGCGUGGACCUCAAGAGUGUGGAGGAUCUCUUCGAAGAUGAGGUUGCGCGGAACGGCAAGCGGAAAGAAGAGUUGGAAGGCAGCCUGGAUACUCUGCAAGUCACCAUCAAUGCCCAUGAGGAAUCGCUGAACAGGCUGCGGCAAGAUGCUAUCGAUGCUGAAAAUCUACACGCCGCCGAGAUUGACGACCGUGACACUCGCAUUGCAGAGCUCAGUCAUCAGAUCACUGCAGAGGAGGUCGUCAGUAACGACCUUCGAGCCGAGAAAUUGUCUCUGGAAGAACGGGUGGAGAAAGAAGCGGCCGAGAUGCUCCUUCUGCAGGCCCACAAGGACGAGGAGAUUAACUCCCUGAAGAACGUCAUUCGCGACAAACAGGAAAAGAUUCUGAUCGUUGAAGAGAAAGCGAUCAAGUCCGAUGAGCAAUGGCAAGAACUUCUCAAUCAGCGCGAUGAGGAGAUUUUGACCAUGACCACCGAGAGUGAGACCACCUCACACACUGUGGCCACACUCAGAGCCGAGCUUGAAAAGAUGGGCUUGAACUUCCGCGAUUACAUCCGUCGCACUUCCGCAACAAUUUCCAACCUGAAGCAGCAAGCCAAGGAACUCAAGUCUGCCGUUGACGAUGGUGGUGAUGCCAUCAAGGCAGACGGUGAUCAACUUCUUGAAGAUAUCGAUGGCAGCAUGGCGUUCGCUGCUGAGACCACCACCACGACCAAAACUACUACUACUACUCAAUCUCGCGAGCAGUCCUCCAGGAAGACGCGCGCCAAGAAGAAGGUCAAGGAUAGUGGAAUUGGUAUGGAGGAUGAGUCGAUGUUCCAUGCUUAG